GUCUGGGAGGAAAUUCAAGGAACUCAGAGAAAUAAACUUCAUUCUGCAGGGACUAAACUAGAGCAAGGAGAAGGAGGUGAAGAGGGAAGGUGAGGGAAGCCCCCACCGUGGGUGAGGCACGGGCGCCGCGCGGGCGCAACCCAGCACAGGUAGCCGGAAGAGGCACUCUUUUGGGGCUGCUUGAAAAAGUUUGGUCUGUGAACAAAACGGCCUCCUUGGUGACUGCAAAUCCACCACUAGCUGUCUCUUCCUCUUCUCCCCAUCAUUCUUGUGUGGUACCCAGAAGCUGACUUCUGGUUCUGUAUAAAGAGCUGGGGGAGUUAUGAUGUGCUUAAAGAUCCUGAGAAUAAGCCUGGUGAUUCUGGCCGGGUGGGCACUCAGUACUGCCGGCUCUGAGCUGGGCUGGACACGCAAGAGAUCCCUGGUUCAGAGGGGACACCUGAAUCAGGUGCUGUCAGAAGGAGAACGCUGUUGGCUGGGGGCCAAGGUUCAAAGACCCAGAGCUGCUCCCCAGCAUCACCUCUUUGGGGUUUACCCCAGCAGGCCUGGGAACUACCUGAGACCCUACCCUGUGGGGGAUCAGAGAACCCACCAUGCAGGUCAUAGUAAGCCAGAUGCCAAGGGAGUGGCUGUGAGCCGUGUUCCCCCAGACCCGACUGGAAGUGCCGGAGUGAGGAGUGAGGCUGAGCAGCCUGCUGCCCCUUGGGCAGGGGAUGGUCCUAUUGGGCAAUCGGAGCUGCCGGGACAUGAUGACACUUAUCAUGGCGAUCCGGGAUCUGAGGAAUCUCUAGGUGAGGCUGGGAUUCAGGAAUGCUCAGCCACGGCUGCCACCAUUACCAGCAGCUUCGCCAGCCCAAAGGAACCCGAACCAGAGACCCAAAGGAAGGGCCGGGCCAAGACCAGGCGUCGUCGGCAGGUGGCGAAGGGGCAGGCAAAGGGCAUGCAGGGAGACCCCAAUGUCUCUCCCCGGCAUUUCCAACCUUGGCCCAAACAUCCCCUUAUGCACGGGGUCAGAACCAGUCCAUUGGAGGACAGCAUCCAGGAUGGUGGAGGGGACCCCUACUGGGAAGCAGAGACCUUUAACCCCCAGGGAGGAUUGCCUGUCUUGUACUUCUCCGGGAGGCGGGAGCGGCUGCUGCUGCGUCCAGAAGUGCUGGCUGAGAUUCCCCGGGAGGAGUUCACGGUGGAAGCCUGGGUGAAACCAGAGGGAGGACAGAACAACCCAGCCAUCAUAGCAGGUGUGUUUGAUAACUGCUCCCACACUGUCAGUGACAAGGGCUGGGCCCUGGGCAUCCGCUCAGGGAAGGACAUGGGAAGGCGAGAUGCUCGCUUCUUCUUCUCCCUUCGCACUGACCGCGUGAAGAAAGCCACCAUUGUGAUUGGCCACAGUCGCUACCAACCAGGCACGUGGACACACGUGGCAGCCACUUACAACGGACAGCGUAUGGCCCUGUAUGUGGAUGGCACUCAGGUAGCCAGUAGCUCAGACCAGUCUGGUCCCCUGAACAGCCCCUUCAUGGCAUCUUGCCGCUCUUUGAUCCUGGGGGGUGAUGGCUCUGAGAACGGGCACUAUUUCCGUGGACACCUGGGCACAUUGGUCUUCUGGUCAACUGCUCUCCCACAAAGCCACCUCCAGCACAGUCCUCAGCAUCCAAGUGGCGUGGAGGAGUUGACUACCCUGAUCCUGACAGCCAGUUUUGAGCCCCUGGAAGAACAGUGGGCCCCCUUUAGAGAUGCGAAGUACCCAAGGCUUGAGGUUCUCCAGGGCUCUGAGCCAGAGCCUGAGAUUCUCUCACCUUUGCAGCCCCCACUCUGUGGGCAAACAGCUUGUGACAAUGUGGAACUGAUCUCUCAGUACAAUGGUCACUGGCCCCUUCGGGGAGAGAAGGUGAUACGCUACCAGGUGGUGAACAUCUGUGACGAUGAGGGCCUGAACCCCACCGUGAGUGAGGAGCAGAUCAGUCGGCAGCAUGAGGCGCUGAAUGAAGCCUUCAACCGCUACAACAUCAGCUGGCAGCUGAGCGUCCACCGGGUCCACAACUCCACCCUGCGCCACCGGGUCGUGCUUGUGAACUGUGAGCCCAGCAAGAUUGGUAAUGACCAUUGUGACCCUGAGUGUGAGCACCCACUCACGGGCUAUGACGGGGGCGACUGCCGCCUGCAGGGCCGGUGCUACUCCUGGAACCGCAGGGAUGGGCUCUGCCAUGUGGAGUGCAACAAUAUGCUGAACGACUUUGAUGAUGGGGAUUGCUGUGACCCUGAGGUGACUGAUGUGCACAAGACCUGCUUCGACCCAGACUCACCCAAGAGGUAA